GACUGGAUGACAUCACAACAGCUUCGGGUCCUGGAAAGUCUUGAGGAUGAUUAGCUGAAGGAAUUGGCUAUUUCUACCAAUCAUAACCCGGCAGUGCUGCCUUCAUAGUUCGGGAGAUAGGAGAAAAAGACGAGGGAGGGAAAGACCGACUCCAGCUAAGCAAGAGGUGCAGCGGCAGUCGCAGAAGCAGACAGGAGCAGCUGGUAUUCCGGUGAUUAAAUAGUUCUCAUAGCCUUUUUGCUGUACCCAAUCUGCUCCCGGGUGUAAUGCUCGUGUCCGAGAAGGAAGCUGCAUUUUAACGGUGUGCUGAACAGAGGUCUGAAUCAUUCCAGCUGGCUGCUUGUUUUGAAAAGGACAAUGUGUGUAUAAAUAAAAAGACUGCUGGAAGAGUUCAGACACCAGCAGUGGUGCUGACAAGGGCUCCCGGAAUCCUGUAGAGGCAGAUGGCAUGAACAGAAAGCUCCGUUAAUUAACCUGGAGUCAAGUAAGCCUGAAUUCUGGAUAUCUUAUUUUCUAACUCCGGAUAAAUUCAAGUUAGCAAAAGAAAAAAAAAAUAAUGAGAUGCUUCUUUAGAUAAUGCUUAAAGAACUCUGCAGAAUUUCUUGGUAUUGGACAGAGAGUCUAUGCUGUUGCCUUCCUAGUCCACUGCUUACAGGAUUUGACUCAUUUGUGACCACUUCGAGAAUCUCCCAUGAUUUGCAAUGGUUACAUGAAUGCUUGGGAAGGAAAAUUUGCAACAUCUUACUACAUGUUCUCCAUGGCACCCUAGGGAAAGAAGCCGGAAAAAAACUCAAAAAGCACUGAUUUUUAAAAUGAAUCUUAUUGUGAGGUUUCGGAGAAGCUUUCGAACACUUAUUGUUCUUUUAGCUACUUUUUGCUUGGUGAGCAUCUUCAUUUCUGCCUACUUCUUGUACUCUGGCUACAAACCGGAAAUGACACUGAUUGAAACUACUGCCCAAGCAGAAUGUGCUGACAUCAAAAUCCUCCCUUAUCGGUCCAUAGAACUGAAAACCGCCAAGCCUAUUGACACAUCCAAAACCGACCCCACGAUCCUCCUAUUUGUAGAGAGUCAGUAUUCUCAGCUCGGUCAAGAUAUUAUAGCAAUCUUGGAGUCCAGCCGUUUUCAGUACCAGAUGGUCAUUGCUCCAGGCAAGGGAGACAUACCACCUCUUACCGAUAGUGGCAAAGGGAAAUAUACAUUGAUUAUUUAUGAAAAUAUUUUGAAAUAUGUCAGCAUGGACUCAUGGAACCGGGAGCUUUUAGAAAAAUACUGUAUAGAAUACAGUGUUAGCAUAAUUGGUUUUCAUAAAGCCAACGAGAACAGCUUACCAACGACACAACUGAAAGGUUUUCCUUUGAACUUAUUCAAUAAUCUAGCUCUGAAGGACUGCUCUGUGAACCCGCAGUCUCCUCUGCUGCACAUUACCAAAGGCCCGAAAGUUGAAAGGGGACCUCUUCCUGGGGAAGACUGGACGAUUUUCCAAUAUAACCAUUCUACCUACCAGCCAGUGCUUUUAACGGAGUUACAGACAGAGAAACCCCUUCCUUUCUUGUCCAGCAAAACACUCUAUGCCACAAUAAUUCAGGAUCUGGGGCUCCAUGAUGGGAUCCAGCGUGUUCUAUUUGGUAACAACUUGAACUUUUGGCUACACAAGCUCAUCUUCAUAGACGCCAUCUCCUUCUUGUCAGGAAAAAGGCUGAGUUUGUCCUUGGACAGGUACAUCCUGGUGGACAUUGAUGACAUAUUUGUGGGCAAGGAGGGAACAAGGAUGAAAGUCAAAGAUGUGAAGGCAUUACUAGAGACUCAAAAUUUACUGCGCACUCAGGUUGCAAAUUUUACCUUCAACCUUGGAUUUUCAGGGAAGUUUUACCACACAGGGACCGAAGAGGAAGACGAAGGGGAUGACCUCCUGCUGGGGUCCGUGGAUGAGUUCUGGUGGUUCCCCCACAUGUGGAGUCACAUGCAGCCUCACCUCUUCCACAACGAGUCCUCUUUAGUGGAGCAGAUGAUUCUCAACAAGGAAUUUGCCCUGGAACAUGGAAUACCAACCAACCUGGGCUACGCAGUGGCCCCGCAUCACUCAGGGGUCUACCCGGUCCAUAUUCAGCUGUAUGCAGCAUGGAAGAAGGUCUGGGGUAUUCAGGUCACCAGCACUGAAGAGUAUCCACAUCUGAAACCUGCAAGAUACCGGAAGGGCUUCAUUCACAAUAGCAUCAUGGUCCUCCCUCGACAGACCUGUGGACUGUUCACACACACUAUUUUCUACAAGGAGUAUCCAGGAGGACCCCAAGAAUUGGAUAAAAGUAUCAAGGGAGGUGAACUUUUCCUCACAAUCCUUCUAAACCCAAUCAGCAUCUUCAUGACGCAUCUCUCUAACUAUGGGAACGACCGUCUGGGCUUAUACACCUUUGUGAACUUGGCCAACUUUGUGCAUAGCUGGACCAACUUGAAACUGCAGACUUUGCCUCCAGUACAACUGGCCCACAAGUAUUUUGAGCUCUUCCCAGAGCAGAAAGACCCUCUUUGGCAGAACCCGUGCGACGAUAAACGACACAAAGACAUCUGGUCCAGGGAGAAAACUUGUGAUCAUUUACCAAAAUUCCUUGUAAUUGGGCCUCAGAAAACAGGAACAACUGCACUUUAUUUAUUUCUUCUUAUGCACCCUUCCAUCAUCAGCAAUCUCCCUAGCCCAAAAACCUUUGAAGAAGUUCAGUUUUUUAAUGGCAACAACUAUCACAAGGGGAUUGAGUGGUAUAUGGACUUUUUUCCUACACCUUCCAACAUUACCAGUGAUUUCCUAUUUGAAAAGAGUGCUAACUACUUCCACUCAGAAGAGGCUCCCAAGAGAGCUGCAUCUCUUGUUCCCAAAGCCAAGAUCAUUACUAUUCUCAUUGACCCCUCGGACAGGGCAUAUUCUUGGUACCAGCACCAACGAUCCCAUGAAGAUCCAGCUGCCCUGAGGUUCAAUUUCUAUGAAGUCAUCACAACAGGACCUUGGGCCCCAACUGAUUUAAAAACGUUACAGAGGAGGUGUCUGGUACCUGGGUGGUAUGCAGUGCACAUCGAAAGAUGGCUGACCUACUUUGCUACUUCCCAGUUGCUAAUUAUUGAUGGACAACAGCUGAGAUCUGACCCAGCAACUGUGAUGGAUGAAGUCCAGAAGUUUUUAGGAGUUACACCUCAUUAUAAUUACUCCGAAGCACUAACGUUUGAUCCCCAAAAGGGCUUUUGGUGUCAGCUCCUGGAAGGAGGAAAAACAAAAUGCCUUGGGAAGAGUAAAGGAAGAAAAUACCCACCCAUGGAUCCAGAGGCCAGAACCUUCCUCUCCAAUUACUACCGGGACCACAACGUGGAGCUCUCGAAACUGCUGCACAGGCUGGGGCAGCCCCUGCCCUCUUGGCUCAGACAGGAGCUGCAGAAAGUGAGAUAGCACCAUCGGGAAGAACGCGGCCCAGAGUCACCGUGAAGCAGAAAAAGCAAACCGCACAACUUUAUCCUUUUCAUACGCUUGUCAAGAGAGGAGUGUGAAUAAAUCUCCUUCAAUGUCUUUCAUAAAAUGAAAACAUCUGCACGCAUUGGCAAUUAUUAGCAUUAAUCCUUAUGUAAGGCUUUUGGAAACAAAACAUGGGGUUUGUGGCACUAUCCAGUUUCUCUAGUCUGGGGAUCAUCAUGCUGCUCACUUUUUCUGUUAGCUAGCUUUCUGGACAUCACAUGACUACUAAUGUUCUGACUAUUUGCAGAUUGUCAAUUAAAAAAUUUGAGGAAAAGAUAAGAACUGCAGUGUCUAUAAAUGAAGUCAGAUCUAAGCCACUGUCUGAAUUAAGGGCUAAUGUUUAUAAGUAUCAUUUAUUGGGUUCUGUUGGUCCAUCUUCCCCUUGUAAGGUGGAGAGAGACCAUGUUCAUUGAGAGUUCCAAUGAAUUCCAACAUGGUCUCUCAAGAGCUCCAUUAAGACAGAAGUUGUGAUUCUGAACCCUAGUUCAGAAUCCAUGUUCUACUACAUUACCAAGGUUCUCACCUUGGCAGUGAUGUAGCAUUUAUAUAUAUUUUGUUCGUUAUUCUAAAAAGGAAGAAGAAAACUUUGUUGACUAGAAAUUUAAAGACAAAAUUGUAUUUGCAGGUCUAAAUAGGCACUUUUCCUUCUAUGUAGAAAAUAUUUCCAUAUCUUUAAAGCAUGAUGCUUCAUAUAGGCAACUACAUCUACUAUAAUAAAGUUUUACUGUCCACUUUUAAAUAUAUCUAAAAGUUAAGUUAUAUCCCAAAGUUACGUGUGAGAACAUCACUGAUUCCCUAACUUGAACCCAGUUUCAUGGACAUAAAACUCACAAGUUAAUUUUAAGACAAGAAACGCUAUUUUUGUUUUGAGUUACAGCUUCCUAUUAUAUCUGGAUUAUAUAAAUUUGUGUUUACCAGAAUUUUAUCCUGUUUGUCCAUGAUGAUCUAUGAAAGUUUUGUUUAUCUUUUUAGUGAUACACGAAGGUAAAAUUUUACCAGAACAGUUGAUCAAGGUGACUUUGGGAACAUUACCCACAAUUCUCCCUCCUCCACAGAAAUAUUUCCAAAGGUUGUAAAUAAUACCAUCAUCCCCAUUGUUAGAGAAUUUAUUCUUGCAUCAAUUUAAUAACAGAUGUGUAUUUUUUAUUUUUGGUUUUCAGUGGGAAGAUGAAUUAGACAUGCACAAUUGUCUAUUCCAAAAGAACAUUGGUGUCUUUUUGCAUAUUGAAAAUCCAACUUGUCAUCUCUAUUUCUUUAUUUUCUUGUUUUUCUUAACAGUCCUGCCUAAAGUCUCUUGAUCUUUAUCAGAAAAUGUGAAAUUUAAUAAUAUAAAUCACAAUAAUUCCCAGUUUCAUUACUAGCUGUAUGGAUUUCAUUCUCACCCUUGUUACUUAUGCCAGUGUUUGACACAGUCCCUUAAAAUGAAGAAACAAUAAUGAUAAUUAUUUAUUUAAACUAGAGCCAUUUAUUCACCACCUCCCUCCCACUUAUAUUAGAGUUUCUGCCACCUUCUUUUGUUCUGUGUGAGACAGACUAUUACUAUUUAGACCAGGCUGUCUUGAAAUGUGCAAUCCCCCUGCCUCUCCCUCUGGAGCACUGGGAUCCCAAAAGUGCAAUACUACACCCAGCUCUAAUCAUUGUUUUCCUGACCUAGAGGAAAAUCUUUCCUGCACAGGGGACUAAAAUGAUAGUUAAUAGAAUGGAAAGAGGGCACUUUCAUAUCAAAUAAUAUUGAUAUAACUCAAUAACUUCCAGCUCAUCAUCAGAUUUGGUCAUGAAAUGAAUUUUCUGCAUUUUCUCACCUUCUAAUGAUGUAUACACAUCAUUGCCUCACCCACCAAUAUCUGAAAUCAAAAUCUCACCCAGGCACAACCAUUCUCUUUCUUUCCUGGUUAUUGCGAGCAUUAUGUGUAUUUUUCUUGCUAUGUUGGAUAAUGAAAUGAGCAACUGUAUUUAAUUAUUUAACAAAACUUCUAAAAGUUUGAAGGAAUCCGCAAUAUGAAACUCUGCACUGUAACGAUCUGUAAAUCUCAGCUUUAAUAAUAUUUUCCUUUUUAAGAUGUCUUCCCACCUCAGGAUUGGUGUCUCAGAAUUCAAUAGUGUCAUUUUUCAGAAUUUUAAAUUACAUCUUCAGUUUUAUGCCACAUAAGUUUAUUUAAAUACUGGAAUAUUUUUUAUGUCCUUUAGCAUACAGGAAUGGUUUCUUCAUUCCUUUCCAGAUAUUUCGGGCCUUGCCUGACUUACAAGCAUAACUGUCAAUUAGCUCAUUUGUUAAAGGAAAAAAUAAUGUUUGUUUCAAAUAGUAACUCCUAAAAGUUAUAUUAUGAAAAUUCAUCUAAAAUAAAAUUUAGGUUCUAUUUAAUAAUGACCAAACACAAUUUUAAAAGUAUGAAGA